AUGGAUCGUGUCGUGCCACUAGCCAUCUCGCUCUUCGCGUUCUUCUUUCUGAACUUUUCACAGGCAGAAAAAGAACCGCAGACAGUCAUUCUCGUGUCCAUGGACGGAAUGCCAUGGAAUCUGAUUAGCGGGGAGUUUGCAAAAACACCAAACCUCGACAGAGUCGCGAAAAAUGGGGUGACAGCAAAGUACAUCAAGACAGUAGUCCCGAGCAAAACAUGGCCGACGCACGUAUCAUUCGUCACUGGUUUGUAUCCUGAGUCACACGGGUUGGUUUCCAACAAGUUUUGGGAUCCAGUUUACGAUGAAACGUUUAUCCUGGAGUAUGACUGUACGACUUUUGACCCAAAAUUUUACAACGAAUCCGAACCUAUAUGGCUGACACUGGAGCGUUCAAAGAAAAACAAAGGCCGCAGUGGAGUGUACUUUUGGCCGGGCUUUGGCGGCUGGAAACCAAUUCCCAGCUUCUACAGACACCCGAUUUGUAAGCUGAACUGUAGCGCUGUUGAUCCUAAAGACCUCCCUAGCCUACGCAACAAGACGCGAAGCUCGUUUCCACCCUACGAGCACUGCUAUCCCGACUUUUUUAACGAAACUGAGACAUUUCCUCGUCGAGUCGACCGUGUCAUUAGCUGGCUAAAAUCUGAUGAUCCUCCUCGCUUUGUCGCGUUGUAUAUUGAUGCACCGGAUUGGAAAGGUCAUUCGGGCGGCGCUUUGUCCAAAGUCUACAAAGACUCCAUUGAAGAAGUGGACCGGGAUGCUGUGGGUUAUCUCAUGGACCAGCUUAAGAAUGUGUCGUUAAUUGACAAAGUGAACGUGAUCUUCGUAAGCGAUCAUGGCAUGGUGAACGCAUCUUCAGAACGAGUGAUCGUUUUGGAAAACUACAUCGACCCGUCAACAUACCGACUGGUAGAGGGUGGAACCAUUGGGCACAUCUGGCCAAAUGAGGGCAUGUUAGACGAAAUCUACAACAACCUGACGAAACCCAACACUCCUGAUCACUUAGCUGUGUACAAAAAGGCAGAUAUCCCUGACGAAUACCACUGGAAACACAAUCGGCGUAUUCCGCCCCUUUACCUUGAGCCAGACCCCGGGUGGACUUUAGCCAAGACCAACGCUUCCGUCAGACAAGGAACAUGGGUCCGAGGGGAUCACGGCUGGCCACCACAGAAAUCGAAGACGCAUUCUAUUUUAUUCGCCCAAGGGCCUGCAUUCAAAGUGGGUUACGAGAUAGAGCCCUUCUCUAUUCUUGAUCUUUAUCCAAUGAUGUGCGAUUUACUGGGUAUAGAACCUCGCCCUAACAACGGAACCAUGGCAACUGUGAAGAAGAUGUACAAAGACGAGCCUGACGACGAGCCUGACGGGGAGAAACCGACCGCUGGUCAAUGGAGCGUGAUCACGUGGUCAUCUCGUGCUUUAGUUGCCGCAGGUGCUGUUGCUGUUAUGAUGGUGUUGUGACAUUUCUUCUAAGUUUGUUGUCGUUUGUUCAUUUCUAAGCUUUAGUUCGCAUACUGGACAGUAUGAAGUACAGAGAUGUGAAUAGGUUACUCUUUUCUAGGGCCUGGAGUACAUUGUAUAAAACUUGCUAUUUAGCAGCCAUGAUUGUUAAUUGAGUGUUAACUUGUUAAUCCUUAUUCAUAACAAGCAUUCAUUGCAGAGAAACUUGUAUUAAGCGCGCGGAAAACCGUUUCGGUAGGUCCUGAACUUCUCCAUUUAAAAGUUUCUUGUUAAACGAACCGCCUGUAUUUAGCAGACACCCACGGGUGUUAAAGGAGCUGUGCCAUAAGAUGUAUCAAAAUGCAGACAGUUGGGAUCGCCAGCAAAUUGAGUUGAACAUGUACUGUGUAACUGCUCAAAACAGUAAAAUAAGUUAUAAAUAAAACAGUAGAUAUAAAAGUAGGCGACAAACUUGAAGAAGAUCGAAACGGAUUGCGACUGUGGUUUUUUAAAACUUUAAAAAGUUUAUCUCGUUGUUUGUAACGUUUGAAAAAUGCUCAGGAGACAUUUUUGUCCGACAAGAAGCUGUGAUUUUGUCUGAUUUAUAAGUAAUUUUUCAAGUUCAAUUAUUAGCAAAAUGAAAAAGAAAGCCGUGACAAAGUCCUUUUUAGCGGACACUAGAGAAUUCUGAUUGCUUUCACCAGGACUUUUUAGAAGCUUGUUUUUUAAAAUGGCACUAUACUUUAGAAUGUAACAUUUUAUUAAAAUGUGAAACAACGAUUAUGAGGCUAGCUGCUAAGCUAAGCAGUUGUUAUCAUUUUGUUGUCUUAGUUUCUACUGAUGAAGCCCAGGAUUCGAGGAACCUUUUAAAAAUAACUUGCAUUUUUUGUUUUUUUUUUUAUUGACGACUUUUAAUGAAUUUUUUGCCAUGCCUGAAAGGACGCAGUCGUUUCGUGCGAAUACUCUGAACUAAAAUAUAAAUUUUCUCUUUUGAAUGGAGGUAGAGCGAAAUUUAAAGCUUGUGUCAACACGGCGGCGGAGAGGUAGCCUAUCGCGUAAUAUUGGGUGACUGCGUUAUAUCGCGUUACUACCCAGGGUCUGAGGGAUCGCGAGAGUGCAUUACGUCACGAACUCUGCCUCACUAGACACCAAACGCUCGAGGGUCCUCGAGCCUUUUCAAGAGUAUACAAAUGGGGACAACAACUAGUAUUUGCCCUGUAAUUUGCUUCGUUUUCUUUUGCAUUUUCAACGGCAUCUCUUCCAAAGAAGAGAAACGAGCGAACAAAGACACCGUGAUUAUGGUCUCCCUGGAUGGCAUGGGAUGGCAGUUCAUCAGUGGACAGUUUGCCGGUACUCCAAACUUAGAUGCAGUGGGUAGGAACGGAGUUCGAGCUAAGCAUACUUUCAAUGUUGUCCCAACAAAAACUUGGCCCACUCACCACUCCUACCUAACAGGUCUUUACCCAGAAAGCCACGGUAUUGUCUCCAACAAGUUCUGGGAUCCACUUUACCAAGAGAUGUAUAUUUACGAUUACGACUGUUCGUCGAAGGAUCCCAAGUUCUAUAAGGCUGCCGAACCGAUCUGGCUGACGCUACAGAAACAAGGAGGAAAGAGCGGGUUAUAUUUCUGGCCCGGAGAGGAAGGCUACACCGAAAAACCCACGUACUAUGAGAAACCCUUUUGCCUUGUGAAUUGCAGUGCAAUUGAUCCAAAGGAUCUGCCUAAAUACAGGAACAGAACACGCCCCCGGGGGGGACUCCCUUAUGAAACAGACGGGGAUGCUCGUCGUCUCGCUUAGGGGUGUAAAUUUUGGAUUUUGGUCUCGCUUAGGGUGUUCCGGGCAAAGCGCCAAUAUUUUAAGCCGCCAGGGUCUCGUUUAGGGUUCCGCGAAGAACUUGAGAUUUAUAUAUGACAAUGCUUUUAAAAACUACUUUUAGAUAAAAGCAUUCGAUGAUUAGUCUUUAUAUCAUUAAAACUUGUUGCAUGUCGUAUUUGUAUGUUUUUAAGCGGUCUCUUUUAGGGGUCAAAAUUUGCUUAAGCCACGCCCAGAUUGGUCUCCUUUAGGGGUCACAAAAAGCUUGAGCCACGCCCAGAUGGUCUCCUUUAGGGGUUAAAUUCAAAAUUUCCGACGAGCAUCCGCGUCUGUUUCAUAUGGGAGGUCCCCCCCGGGAACACGCCCCACAUGGCCGAGUUACAUCCACUGUUUUCCUAAUUACACUGAGCCAUUCAAAAGCCGGUUGGAUAAGGUAAUUAACUGGUUAAAAUCUAAGGAACCACCCCAGUUUGUAGGGGUGUAUAUUGAUCACCCAGACUGGGAGGGUCAUGACUACGGCUCGCAUUCCAAACAGUAUAAGGAAGCCAUUGAGAAGGUUGAUCGAGAGGUCGUUGGUUAUCUGACUAAGCGCUUGCGUGAUGUUAACCUCAUUGAUAACGUCAAUUUAAUCUUUGUCAGCGAUCACAGCUUUAAUAACAUUUCUUCGGCCCGUCAAAUAUUUUUAGAUGAUUAUCUCGACCGAUCCGCGUACAUGAUGACAGAAACAACAGCUCUGGGACAUAUCUGGCCAAACGAUGAGAAACAGGAGGAAAUAUUUGAAAAUCUCACAAAGGUAAAGAACCCACACAUGAAAAUUUACAAGAAACAAGACAUCCCCGAAUCAUUCCACUGGAACCACAAUCGCAGAAUACCCCCCAUAUUCAUUGAUCCCGAGUUGGGUUGGUCUGUCACACAAUCCCGCGGGAACCCAAACACAUCGUGGGUCUGCGGGACACAUGGUUGGCCACCGCAGGAAAAUCAAAGCUAUCCGAUCUCUUUCGCACAAGGUCCUGCUUUUAAGAAGGGUUUCGAAGUUCAGCCGUUUAAUAUAGUUGAUUUAUAUCCUUUGAUGUGCCAUGUGCUCGGAAUUCAACCACAACCAAAUAACGGCUCAUUUGAAAAUGUUCGAGUUAUGCUGCGAGAGAGU